UUUUGGUGGAUUGAUAAAAUGUUUAAUAUUUGUAUUGGUUUUUAGGUGUUAGAAUGCCUCUUUUUGAAUCUCUCCCCAGACUUGAAAAAUGUUGCUGUUUCACUUUGAGAACUGGAUCAAUUAUAUUCGCAGUACUUGGAAUAUUUUCUUGCCUACAUCUGUUUGAUGUGCUGAGUCCAUGCAGUGGCGAAAAAACAUACAUGAAGUUCUUCAAAUUCAUAUGGGCGGUGUCUGAAUUGAUGGUUUUUGGUGCCAGCAUUAUAUUCCUCAUUGGAAUAUGUUGCCAUAGAAAAAGGAUUACGGCAACAGUAUUCCUGUCCACCACAGCUAUUUCUAUCGUAGUAUCUUUAGGUAUGGGCAUAAUGGGCACCGUGGAAUUUAUCGCCAAAAACAAUUGUUUUAGCGCUUACCAUUUAUUGUCAUGGUUUAUGAACAUACCAGCUGGAAUAUUUUGUAUGCUCGUGGUGAGAAGCUACAGAGAUAGUAUGGAAGAUUAAAUCAUUCAUGUGUAGAUCUCAUAUGCAUUAAGAUGUGAACAUUUCAUAAAUGCAAUUGGUAAUACAUAAUAGAGUCAAUCAAAUGUAUUAGACUCAGGAAAUCUGUUCCAAUUUGAAGGAUAACAUGAAAAUAUAAAAUACAGUCAAAGUUCA